ACGCAUGCCCGUCCGACGUGGCAGCCAGCACCAGCCAUGGCUCGCAUUGGCAUCCAAUGGCAACACCCCGUUUGAUUCCCCCGUAUCCCGGCAUCCGGAUAACGCAGAGCCGCGGCUCAUUGGCCACACCCGUCCCCGGCGGCGUCCGGCCCGUCCGAUCCUGCCGCGCGGCCGAUCGCCGCCGUCCGCUGCAGCCGGCGCCUCCUGGCCACAACCGCCUGGGAGCCCCGGCCCGGCAGUACCCUUAAUACAAACCAGGCUGCUCCUGCCGGCAAAACGAGCGUGCUCGACCUCCCCCACCUCGCCACUGCUCCUAUUUUCUUCUCCUGAACGCUGCGGAAAGCAUGGCGUCCGUCACCGCCCGCGCCCCGGUCGCGGCCCUCCGCCCGUCGUCGGCGUCGCUCAGGUCAUCCUUCCUCGGCCACUCUAGCCGCCUCGGCCGCGGCGCCGCGGCGCCGACGAGGCGGAGCCUCAAGGCCGAGGCCAAGGGCGAGUGGCUCCCCGGCCUCCCCUCACCCGCCUACCUCGACGGCAGCCUGCCGGGCGACAAUGGGUUCGACCCGCUGGGCCUGGCGGAGGACCCGGAGAACCUGCGGUGGUUCGUGCAGGCGGAGCUGGUGAACGGGCGGUGGGCGAUGCUGGGCGUGGCCGGGAUGCUGAUCCCGGAGGUGCUGACCAAGGCCGGGCUCAUCAGCGCGCCGCAGUGGUACGACGCCGGCAAGUCGGAGUACUUCGCGUCGUCGUCCACGCUCUUCGUCAUCGAGUUCAUCCUCUUCCACUACGUCGAGAUCCGGCGGUGGCAGGACAUCAAGAACCCCGGCAGCGUCAACCAGGACCCCAUCUUCAAGAGCUACAGCCUGCCGCCCCACGAGUGCGGAUACCCCGGCAGCGUCUUCAACCCCCUCAACUUCGCCCCCACGCUCGAGGCCAAGGAGAAGGAGCUCGCCAACGGGAGGCUGGCGAUGCUGGCGUUCCUGGGGUUCCUGAUCCAGCACAACGUCACCGGCAAGGGGCCCUUCGACAACCUGCUGCAGCACCUGUCCGACCCAUGGCACAACACCAUCAUCCAGAACCUCUCCGGUUGAGUCGACGACGGUGAGCGAUCGCCAAUUUGACAUUGAGACGACGCGGUCGAGUCGAUCGAUGUGAGUUCCUUCCUGUGGAUCGAUCAUCAGCGUGUGAUGUGUGUUCAGUCUGGAGGGGAGAAUUCAGGGCGUGUUUGUAAUUGUCAUGCUGGUGUGCAUGGUGAGGAGGAGUAUGAGGAGUGAUUGUGGUAUGUACAUUAAUGACAGGGGAGGUUAAGGGUAGAAAUUGUUUGAUCAUCAGUGUCUAUCCGUUCUGGGCCUUUUACUUGCUUGUCCGUAAGUGCUUAAUUCUGUGUGGAAUUAAACAGAUGUACAAUAGCUACAGCUUUGUUGGAAGCUA